AUGGAGUGCAGGAGCAUUUCUAUCAUAAAUAUCACCACAAUUUAUAAUAUAUCUAAUCUAACUGUGUUUUUUAUUAGGAGCAUUACCUUUAUUUUGGAAAUUUAGUAAUAAUUUAAAUUGUAUAUUUAGAACAUACUUAAAAAAGACUUGAAUAAGAUAAAAGAGAAAAUAUUGUAUUAGUUGAUUAAAAAAUAAAAACUAAAAGAAGAAAUGUCAAUUGAAACUAAUUUUGAUGAAAAAUAGCUAAAUUAGUAUCAAUAAUUCUAUUUAAAUGAUCACAAGAAAUUCUAAAUAAAAAAUUUAUGUUUCAUUUUAGGAUCCUUUUUUAUAAAUUAAACAAUUAUUUUGAUGAGAUCAAAUAAAUAUAAUAAUUCAAUAAUAGGAUUAAAUAAAUGUACUCUUGAAAAUAACAUGAUUUUAUUUGCAAUUGUAGGUGUCAAUAUUGCUUAUUCACUAAUAGUAUAUUGGAAUAAAAGAAAUGAGGAAUAUCAUAAAGAUAUUGUGUAAUAUAGACCAAAUUAGAGAAUCUUCAAAUAGAAAAAAUUAUUUUUAUUUUAUUAUUUAGGAGGUUUUUUAGCAGGAUUUAGCACAGGUUUUCUAGGUAUGAGUGGAGGGAUAAUUAUUGUUACAUUUUUAUUAUCUUAAAAAAUAAUUGCUAGAGAAGCAGCUGCUACUGCUGCUUUCGGAUCAUUUAUGAUUUCUAUAAAUAGUUUGUUCUUAUUCAUUUUGUAAAAAUCUAUAAGUGACACAUAAAUGAUUGUGUUUAUCAUUUUUGGAGUAUAAAAUUAUUUAUUAAUUUUAUAGAUUUUAGGAGUUAUCAUUAUUACAAAACCUUCAUAUAUUUUAAUGAACAAGUUUAGGAUAUAUCAUUUUAAUUGUAGAUAUAAUUUAAGUUUCUAUCAAUGUAUUUUCAAUUUUAGCCUUAAUUGUAGUCAAUUCAACAUUGUAUGGAUUUAAUGUAAUGUUAGAUCGCGAUCCUAAUUGUUGAAAUUUGUAAUCAUUUUAUUAUUAUUAUCAUAUCAAUUUUUAUAUCUGAAUAAUCUACUUUUUUUUUGA